CGCAUGUGCACUCACAGCGCGUGCUACUUCUCGAGCUUAAUACGAAUUUGUGAACGGAAUAAACGACCAGAAAUGCAGUACAGCGUGUCCGACAACAUCGAUGAUGUCACUCAUCCCCAUGUUGCCCUGUUUCAUUUCGCCAUUUGCAAUUUCCUCCGAUCAUCGACGCCGAGUCCUCUUUUGGGUCAGGGAGACAGUUGCUCUGGUACUCGCCCCGCUCGUAUUCUGGCAACGUGUCGAGAGAGAUCUCUGUGAACUGGUCUAGCGGAGCGAGCAGUUUCUUGUCGUGUGCCAAGUCUGACUUGUUCUUCUCCUGUCCCCCCUCACCGUCCUGUUCGACUUGAAUCUUGUCUGGGAUAGUGAUAGGAGGGAUAAUGGGAAUUUGGCAUAGAGACGGUGGAUGGAGCGACUGUCGAACCUCGGCCCGGCUCAGUCCUUCGUAACCAAAUCCAAGUCCACGGAAUUUUUGAGUCUUGGCGAGUGCCUGAGCCUUUAGUUUCGCGUCGCGUUGCUGUUGCUUCUUGGCACGGCGUUCUUUCCACUUUUUGUGGAUCCCAGGAGCAAAGAGGCAGAUGGCGAUAACCCAGAGCACGAAUACGAGAAACGCGAGACAAAUUAUGAUUGUUGUCGGGUCACUUGACAGUGUAGUAUUUGCAUGAGGAUCGGAGGUAGCGACUUGUGAGUCUUGUGGUAUAGGCGAGACAGAGGAUGUGGGCGUGUUGUCGCGUCUUGAGCGUGAUACAACUAACGGACUCAUGGCGAUAAAAUGUGCAGUAGGGUUGUAAAUAAUGAUGAAGAUGAAAAACCUCGCAGAGGGCGUGCAGA